AUGGCGAAUACCCAGAACCAGUGCAAGCAACUCCUGGCCGAGAACAAAAAGCUCAAGAAGGCACAAAGCCAACAAGCUGCUGGCAACAUGGGGAUCGACGAAGAUGAGGACGGGGACAACGUCGCGGCGUCCUCGACCGAGGCCCAGCGCAAGGAGCUCCAGGCCAAGAUCUCCAAGUACGAGCAGCAGAUCAGCGCAGCCAAGUAUGACCUGCAGUCGUUUCAGCAGAAGUUGGAACAAGGCUCAAAACAUUUGGAUGAGAAGAAGGACUUCCUCGAAGGCAAGCUGGCCGAGGAAAAGUUGCUCAAGAAGGAGGUGGCAGGUCCGAACUUGCUGCAGUUCUACAUCACCUUCGCGUCUAAUCCCCUCCGUGCCAAGAUGCAGGACGUAUGCAGGCAGAACAUAGAGGCGAAGCUGGCCAAGGAGGUGGAGUUUAGCACCGACCUGGCGAGGCGCCGUAUCCCUGUUGCCACGGGCUUGGAUGGUAGACGCAGCGACUCUGCCGAAGCAACCAAGCCAGGAGAGAUCGACAGGGCGUGUUUCGCGGGGGCGUACAAUGCGAACCAAGGGAAGCAGACGUUGAAGAAAAGAUUAAGCUGCACCAGGUCCCUCACCGCACUUGCACAAGUGAUCGGGCAUCACGACUGGGAGUGUGAAGCCUUGAGCCCUUGGGCAAGCAGCAAUAUGUGGAACGUUAUGUUCGUGCGUGGGGCCCCUACUUCAGGGGGGCAGCCGUCGGCAGGGCUGGCGAUCUUCGCGCGUGAAGGCGUGGGGCUACGCGGGCCGACCUACCCUGCGGACAGUCCUGCUGCCCGGCGAUCAAGUAUGAAUGAAGCCAUCCCCUUUGGAAGCGAACUGGUGCCCUAUCGAGCGCAACGGGCAGUCGGCGAAGUUCCUGGAUGGCCGCCGAUGAACAUUUUCAAUAUUGAUCUGCCCACAGGGGGAGGCAUGUCUUUGAAGAACGCAAAGAUCCCCAUGAAUGUUGGUCUGGCCAUGGCGGGUCAGCAGCGCCCCUCAAUUGUGGGCGGGGGUUGGAACAUGACAGCGGCAGAUGUGGAGGCAUCUUCCUUCACCAUUCAUGCGCAGGUGUCCUUGCUGGCACCGGAAUCUAUUACUUGCAGGGCGGCGACGGCUAACUCGAUGAUCGAUGUCUUCGCACUCUCUUCGGGUGCGAUGAGGCUGGUGAAGGCAGUAAAUGCGGACAUGAAGUGGGCCAUCAAGCCCCGCAGGCCUGUCAUGGCGGAGAUGACCACCAUGGGCGACCAGUUGGCGCACCUCACCUACAUUGGCGGCGACAAGAUCCAGGCCAGCAAAGCGAUUGGCCCCAUGCUGGAUGAUGAUUAUGAUUGGGAGUCGGAACGAUCGUAUGCGGAAGGUGCAGUCGAGCUGGCGACCUCGGGGCCGGUUGGAUCAGCAUUGAGGUUGCUUUCCACAGCAUGGGCGAAGUUCGCAAUGCAGGCAGCUACGCGCCUUGGGCAUCUCACGGGGUCCAGGAUGAGGUCACAUUCGUACGGUGGAAAGCUUGGGCCAAGAUGGGUGACAUAUGCGUAUGAAGGCAAAGAGCCUGAAGGUGCGCAGGCAAUUGCAGACUGCUGGAAGUGGUAUGAGGAUGCGCUCAUGGCCAUCUCGAACCUCACAGAACAACGGCUGUCAGGCGACGAGCGCAAGCUUCAAGAUGAAGUCUAUGGUUUUAUUAGCUCGGAUUUUUCUGGACAGGGUCUGAGCCAGCGACUGGAUGCGGUUGUCGCCCAGGCCAGGCGUGCACUGGCAAUGGCAAGUACAUCGUCGCAGGACGUGCACAAUGUGCUGGAGGAAUCUGCGGAGGACACGGGCCUGGAGAAGCAAGCAGCAGAUCGCGAUAGUGCUCAGAGGUGGAAACAGUGGUGCGAUGCAGCUAGCGAGAAUGGAGCUGGAAGGUUCAUAAAGUCACGUCGCACAAGGAUGUGCAGGCACCGACAGUCAUCAAAGGAGCUCCUGGCCAAUUUCAAUCACACCCUCUUCGCAGAGUUGAAGAUGCUGAAGACACAUCAAAAUGUGGAGGUCAUCGACGGCAAGCGGAAGGAUUGGAUUGUGCCCCAGACAGCUCACGUGGAUGGUUAUGCCAAUGCUACCGGAGGCCACCGCAUCAUCAUUCUCUACUCGUCCAGCUACAGGGCCUGGCAGCGUGCGCGGCGCGGUGAGUUCGCUCAGCUCCAGGACCAUGAGGCACGAGAGUAUUGGGGUGCAGCGGCGGGAAGGUCGGCCAUCGACAGUGCUUGGAAGUUAUCGGCCUGUGCUGAAGCGUGCGUGUCAAAGUUCAGGCGCGCAUCGACUCUCAUUGCGGACUACAUUUUGUACUACGAGACGACAGGGCUGGCCCAAGCGCGUGACAAGCUGUUGCGUCUGGGAGGCAAGAUGGCCCAGAUCAAGUUGGAAAAGGAGUUUCGCGCUACGGCGGCGAAACUGAAGGCCACAAUCAACGACAAGCUUGCCGCCGUGAGCAGCUCGGACGACAUAAGUAAGAAGACCGCAGAGGGGCCCAUGGUCACCCCGAUCAUGCUCGAGACGUUGACGGUGCAGGGCCUCGCACGACAGCAUGAGCUGGCACUUGGUGCGAAGUGGCAUGAGGACCCCUCGAUGCGCGUCUCCUUCGACUUCGUGGCCCCAUACAUCACUAGCAGGAAGUUCAACAAGUACCAGAAAUUCUGCAUCAUGAGCUGCACGUGUGAAGGAGUAUGGACUCGGGCAAAGGCACGAAGUAAAAGAUACAUCACGGACGGCAAGUGCAAGUGCGGUGAGCUGGACACGUUGGCACAUCGAUUGGCCGAAUGUACGUCGGAGACUGAGUUCGCAAUCUAUGGAUCUUGCUCCAAGCCGGUGCUGCUCGAGCUUCAAGAGGCGGGAUGGGCGACGGUAUUGAUGGACCCACUCAGCGACGAGCCUCUUCGUGAUAUGUAUGCAGCGGUCCCUGCAAGCCUGCCACAAACCUCGGCAAUGGCAGAAUACCUCGCUUUCGCUUUCUCCUGUCAGACAGUGGAUAGGCCAACAAUUCUGCACGCGGACUUCAAUGGAACGAUCAACCAGUUCAAGAAGUCGGCUCAGGAGCGGGCGAUGGUCACGCAAAGAUAUGGAGGCGUCUUCGGUUUUGCGCAGAGUCUUCCUGGGCUGGAACACAUCAAUCAAGGAACGCCUACCUUUCUCAAUGACUACAUUGCCAUGCCGUUGGGUCACAGGCUGGUGGCAGUCAACCAGAAGGGUGACCUCAGCAACAUGUCCUGCAAAGCGACGGUAUUUGUGUGCAUUAGGAUGUAUUUCACCUAUAGGGGAAAGGGCGUGCUCUCAAGACAAGGAACAGGCGAGUGCCAGCAGUGCCUCGACCCUGCCAGCGGCGAGUUCGACGAUGGCUACGAGGGCGAGACGAAGGUGCAGCCUGAGUCCGAGAACUCCCAGGAGGUGCAGAUCUGCACGGACUCCGGCCUGGUGGUCCACGAGGUCGGCAACGUGCUGAAUUUCAGCGACUUCGGGGCGCGGCUGCCGUCGCUGGUGGCCGCGACGGAGCGCGGGGUGAGGAGGAGCGAGUUGUCGCACCGCAGCAAGGGCAGGGCCCACGGCCCCAGCCGGGGGCCUGGGCCCGCCGGCCGCGCCCUGCUGGCGCUCCGCGAGAGCCCGCGGCCGCGCCUCGGGCCCAUGCGGCCCCGGCUGCCGCUCCUCCUGUGCGCCUGGGGCGCCCCGCACCUCCGCCGCGGCGGCGCGCAGGAGCAGGCUCGGGAAGACGAGCCCUGGCUGCUGGGAGGCUCCGACGGCAGCGUGCUGUUCCAGCCCGCCCUGUGCACGCUGGAGCAUGGAGUGCAGUACGCCGGCAGCACGGUCAUCAUGAAGGUGAAGGAGGUGGACGACGCCGAGGGUUGCGCUCGCGUGUGCCUCGCCCUGCCCAGCUGCACCCACUUCGCGUGGAGCCUCAAGGCGGCCGAGGGCCACGGCGGCGAGCCCGAGGCCCCGUGCACGGCGAGGACGGGGCAGGUGGCCCGGCAGGAGAACACCAGGAGGCGGCGAGCAGUGCCCUCACUGGCACCUGCCGCUCGGCGGACGACUUGA